AUGGAGCGCAUGAUAUCACGAGUUCGCCGACUCUUCCCGCUACACACUUUUUCCGAUGCUCUCCUACUUUCGCUGCUCAAAGAAUCGGAUUGUCAACCGGAUGCCAUUCAGCAGGGAGUUGUCUGUAUGUUUUAGAAUAAACCCUACCAAGUCCUAUUGCAAACGUUUUCCAGUAUUCGAAAAGGACGAACCGACCGCCUACUGGUACCUGCUGCUCAGCGGAGAGGUCCAGUUGUACAGUAAGAGCUAUGUAAGUCGUUCAUGGCCGAGCGUUUUCUAGGCCAUCCAUUCAUUGUUUUGCAGUCCGGCGAUUUCCGACACCUUCAAACGUUGCGAAGCGGCGCGCUUUUCGGCGAUCUCUCCACCAUGACCCACUCGUGUUCUUGUAUAGUUUCACGGCCCGCACAGCUUAUAAGGAUCGAACAAAACCACUUUCUGUCGAUUUAUAAUGUAAGUUAUCGAUUGUUUAUCGAUAAUUGUCUAAUUUCCAGAAGCACGGCGACCACCUCCAACCGUUCAUAGUGAUAAUGCACGACAUUGUGGCGAGCGAAGAGAUGACACCCAUGGAUCCCGUGCCACUCCCAGCUACAGUACCCCCCUCCGGACUGUUCAACGGUCAACGCAGUGUGGAUCUGGUGCCAGCGCCGUCACAAAAAGUCAACGCACGGAUGCUUCCCUCAAUCGCUCCGUUUCUGCAGCAGCAGCAGCAGCAGCAGCAACGCGAGCGGCGGCAGUUGCCGAGUACGAGUACGGUGGCGAAAAACGAGGAGAGGAACUAUAUCGAGUUCCAUAAUCCGACUGGGAUCGGCACUCAGGUCAAGGAGGCCGGAGAGACGUUGUACAAGAAGAUGCUCACGGAUAAUCAUCAAGUUGUUCGCGAUAUUGUCACCGCGCAUACGGUAAGUUAACAAACCUAGUUUCGACUUCUUGACUUUGAAAAGCUGUAUUCUAGCGCGUUCAAAACUGUAUGAUCGGCGCCGAGAUGGUCGACUGGCUCCUAACCCUCCUCGUCUCCACUUCCACGACGUCGUCAAGCCUGUCGCGCCUUCAAAUGGGUGCCAUCUGGCAAGUUCUCAUGAAUCACGGAGUCAUCGCUCACAUCGACGGCGAACAUUUGUUCCUCGACAAGGCCAUAUCCUACUACCGAUGGGUGCCAGGGCAGAGGGCACAGAGGACGAAGGUACAGUCAUUCUGGAGUCUAUCAGUGCCCAAUUCAAAGCGUUCAGCACACUCCUUCCAUCGAAGAUCUCUCCAAAGCGGUGUCGCUUCUCUCGACGGUAGCCCCGGAGACUUUGUUCUUGAUGAUAAUUUCUAAACCGUAAGUUCUUACGGUGUGCUCUUCCCUACCCGAACCAAUUUUCAGAGGAUUCGAGCGAAGCCCCGAGGAGUUGGAAGUGGUCUACGAAGAGAUCACCUUCAUAAAAGCGCUCUCGCACCUGAGCACGAUGGUCAAGCGGCAAUUGGCGAAUUUUGUGAAAAUGGAGCAGUUUGUGCACGCCGGCAGCAUCGUAUUUCGGCAGGGAGACCCCGGCGCCAACUGGUACAUUGUGCUUAAGGGCGCCGUUCAGGUGAUCGUCAACGGGAAGGUGAUUUGCGAGCUGCAUGAGGGCGACGAUUUCGGCAAGUUGGCACUGGUGAAUGAUAUGCCGAGGGCGGCCACUAUUGUCACUUAUGAAGACGAUUCGGUGUUUCUCGUGGUUGACAAACACCACUUUAAUCAGUGAGUUUCGAAAAGUGGAAAAUAGAAUCAGAUGUAUGUAUCUCAUCUCCGCAGAAUCCUUCACCAAGUGGAAGCCAACACAGUGCGUCUCAAGGAUUUCGGCGAAGACUGUCUCGUCCUCGAAAAAGUCGAUCUGCCACGUGGCGCCGCACUAGAAAACUCCAACUCUGGCUCUUUCAACUGCGGCUACUCGGUGAUGGCCGGCAAACCCGAGAAGAUUCUCGAGUACGUGCUAGAGACGCGAAUCGACGCGUUGACCAACGAUAUUUUAGGUGAGGUUCUCUCGAAAAGUUGGCUUGUAAUAUGCAGGCAAAAUUUCAGAAGUGGACGUGUUUGUGGAGGAUUUCAUUCUGACACACGACGCUUUCAUGCCGGACAACACUGUGUGCAACUUUUUAAAGUCCUAUUACUUUCGGACGCAGUAUGUGACAACUCGAUCCGGUCUGCUGGACUCUGCGACGUGUUCCGAGGAGAUCCGUUCAAAGCGGCGAGUGGUUCAGUUUGUGUACGUCUGGUGCAGCCUCCUACGCAUCAACUUCUUCCUCAACCCCGUCACCAACUCGUUUGUGGAGGAACUUUUCUGUCUGGUCAUUGAAGAUCGCAAAAGAAUGGACGGAAUGGAAGAGAUUGUGGGUCGGAUGGCGGCGAUCCGGGAGGCCAGGGAAAGUAUGCAAUUGGUGUUGGCCCGGCAUCCGGCCGUCGUGCUCGAUUGUGGCGUUUUGAGUGCGCACACGCCGUGUCCCAUUCUUCCGUCGGAUGUUUGCAAUCAAAUCAUCCAUUUGGCCGACACCACGUGCUUCGUUCUGCCCAUUCGUGUUGACAAAACCGCCGAGGAGAUUUGCGAGCUCUCGCGGAGACGUAUGGGCUUCUCCGGCGAGCCGUUGGUGCUCGUCGAGGUCAAAUCCAACGGGGAUAAACUCAAAUUUGCGCCACAAGAUCGAGCGAUUCCCACUGUUUUGAGCUUGAACUCGAAACUGUAUGUUGUCAACCCAUUGGAGGUGGAUCUGUUGGCGCCGAUGGAAGAUCAGAACGGACCGACACCACUGUCGCACUCCUCGAUCCUCCAUCUCAUCGAUUCGCAGGAGUUGGCUCAUCAACUGUUCCUCUUCCAUUUACAACUGGUGAGAGCCACCGACGCCAAUGAGCUGUUGUAUCAGGUGAUCGGAAGAGAGAGUUUUCCGAUGUCGAUGCCUUUCAAUUUGGACCUUCUCGUUAGGAGGUUCAAUGAGGUCCAGCACUGGGCGACGACGGAGGUCCUGCUGGCGAACGAGGAGAAUCGGGUCGAGAUUUUGAAGAAGUUCAUUGCCGUUGCCACGCAGUAAGUCAUAGAUUAGUUGCCAAACUGUUUGACAGACCGGCCCAGAAAGGUCCAAGAACGUUUGGCAACUAUAAAUAGUUGCAAAAUGACUUCAAAUAACCAAUUCACUUUUCAGCGCUCGAGAAUACCGAGAUUUACUGACCGUAUUCGCGAUCACAUUGGGCCUCAGCCAUACUUCAGUGAGCAGACUAUCUUUCACUUGGAGUGUAAGCUUUUGUUUAAAAAAUCCUUAAAAUAGUACUGCACCGUUUCAGAAAUUAUCACAACUCACCAAAAAAGUGUUCUCAGAGUUCGAAAAUCUACUAGACCCUACGAGAAAUCAUCGAAUGUACCGGGUGAUGGUGUCCAAGGUAAACAAUUAAAAAUCCAUUUUUUAGGUUUUGACUCUGCUUGACGUUUAGCGCGUUUAAAAUUAAUUUCCAGAUGGCUUCUCCCUACAUUCCAUUUGUUCCAUUAAUUCUAAAAGACUUGAUGUUCAUCCAUCAGGGAAACAAAUCGUUUUAUAAUGGAUUGGUGAACUUUGAGAAAAUGGUAACGUCACACUUUUUGCCAUAUUUUCUCUAGGGCAAUUCAAAACUUUGCAGCACAUGUUCGCCAAAAUUUUCCGAAGUUUUCGUCAUUGCAAAACCGCAAUGACGCCGACGUCCGAGCACGAAUUUGCGGAGCCGCAGAGCUUGAUUCGAAAUUUAAGAGUGAGUUUUACCAAAAUGUUCUGAAAUAAAAAAACGUUUUCCAGGUGAUCGAUAAUCAAAAAAAGUUGAUGCAAAUGUCCUACGACAUUGAGCCAAACUCGGGAACGAGCAGGAAUUACAAAUGA